GGGCCCGCGGCGCGGCCCAGCCCAGCCCGGCAGCCAGUCGCUUCCUAACCAGCGUUCGCUGCGUCACGCCCGUCGCCGACCCGCUCCCGCCGCGCGACCCGCGAGACCCCCGGCCGUGGUGGUGUUGUGCACUUGAGUCGUGCACUUGUGUUGUGCACUUGAGUCGUGCACUUGUGUUGUGCACUUGUGUUUGCCCUCGACGGGAGAUCUCCUCCCUCCCACCGCCGCCCUUCGCCUAGUGGAUUACUUCGCGCCGGGAGCGGCGUCCGCGACAGUCGGGAGGAGGUAUGCCCGGGGAGCGGAAGAGGCGGCGCGUGGACCAUGGGGAGGGGGCGGGAGGGACGGCGGGGGGCGCGGAGGCCGUGCUCCCGGACGACCUCCUGGCCGACGUGCCUCUCGCGCAGGCGUUCGUGGCCGUGAUCCAGGACCCCAAGCAAACGUCCAGGAUCAUCCGCACCCUCAACGACGUCCACCCGGUCCCCAAGCUGCAGCACCUGAAGCGGGUGCGCCGGUGUCCAGGCGCGACCGCGUCGGCCCCGCGGUUCAAAGUGCUGCUGGCCUCCGCCGACGACUACCCCUCGGGGGAGGCCUGCCUGGAGGCGCUCGUGGCGGAUGGCCUGGACCCGCAGGGGCUCGACGCCGAGGUGAUGGCGGCCGAGGUGCCGGGCGCGGCCCCGCGGACGCGCGCUCAGUUCGACGCCGCCGGCCGGUACUGGGCGUGCAACUUCCACGAGGACGCCGCGCUGGAGAAGCUCGUGGCCGGCACCAUGUUCACGUCGUCGGAGCUCGAAAAGCACCGCCACUGGAUGCAACGCGCCCACGAGGCCGCGGCCCGCGCUCAGCGACGGGGGUCCGAGAUGGCGGGCGCCGUCGUCGUGGACCCCGCCAAGGACCUCCUGGUGGCCGUCGCGAGCGACUCGCGGUGCGAGCACCCGCUGCGCCACGCCGCCAUGAACGCCGUGGACCUGGUGGCGUGGUCGCAACGCGGCGGCGCGUGGCCCGUCGUAGACGGGGACUUUUUCGAGGAGGACCUCCCGGACAAGCCGCCCCCCGUCGGCACGGUGCGGAACCGCGACGGCGGCGAGGAUGAGAAGCCCGUCGGGCCGUACCUGUGCACCGGCUACGACGUGUACCUGACCCGUGAGCCGUGCACCAUGUGUGCCAUGGCCCUGGUGCACUCCCGGGCCAAGAGGGUCUUUUUCGCCGCCCCCAGCCACGACGGCAUCCUGGUGACGCGGGCCAAGCUCCACGCCGUCAAGGAGCUCAACCACCACUACCAGGUGUUCAAGAUACCUCCUUUGGACUCCGCAGAGCAGGUGCGCGGACAGGAGUAACCAAUCUGGACGACAAAGGGGGGGCCUGGUGAAGGGCGCCAGCCUUUCAAGACUGAUACCCGGCCUCCCCCGAGUCGGUCGACGACGCCGAGUCGUGCCGCCCGUUUCACCUGCUCCCGGGCCGGCCGGUUUGUGUUGCGACCGAACGGACAUUGUGCCGCGCGCAUGUACCUGAGUGUUCUACGUUAAUAAAACCGUGUUUGUCUCCUCCCCAA